AUGAGAAGUACUAGUACUAGUGUUAGUCAAUCACUUUGCUAGUGCUAAUGCAUACAGAUAUUAAACAAAUAUAUUGGCUGGUAUCCAUAAGCCAACAACGAUUAAAUGGAACCGGCCUAGAAAAGACAAUCUAGAAAGGACGUUCGGAUAAGGAGAAUCGGCGCAGAGGAAGCCGGGCUGGCGGGAGGCCAUGGCCACGGCGAAUCGGCGCAGGAAGCGGCGAGCUUCGGGUGGCGGCGUUGCUGGCCCAGCCGGCAGCAGUGCCUGAGCGCCGGUCUCCGCGUCCUUGGGCUCGACUUCGGCUUUGAGGUCCAAGGCAAAUGACGCAGCAGCGACGAGAGCGCGGGUCUCCUCGUCCUCGGGCUCGACGUUGAGGUCGAAGGCCAAUGGCGCGGCAGCGAGGGGUGCGCCGGCUUCCUCGUCCAGUGGCGGCGAAUCCAGUUCAGGGGCUGGAUUGUAUCCCGGCGGCAUGAAGUGCUCCGGGUCCUCGUCGCUUAGCGCCGGCGUCGGCGUUGGCAGGUCCAUGUAUGCGUCUGGACCCAACCCCGGCAGGAACUCGUACUCCUCGAGUUCGGCGGACGGCGGAUCGAAGAUGGCGGCCAGCGGUGGGGGACUCGCGCCGUAGCCCUGCAUUGGGCAAAAGGCGAUGCCCCUGCGGGCAGGGCAAGGCCCGUACCCGUGCUCCGGGCAAAAGGCCACACCGGCGUCCAUGCCGUUGUCGAGGAAGAUCCCCAGUGGUGGUGGCACCAGGGCGGCGUCGAAGUCGUCCUCCUCGCCGAGGAACGGAGCCGCCGGCCUGCCGAGGAGCCAGUCCAUCGGAGGUAUGUGGAACACCGGUUGCAGAGGAGCGGGUGGGGGCUGGGUGCUGCCGCUGGGGCAGCCUGAGUGCCUUGGGCGUUCAUUGCCUGGGCAGCGCGUCCAGUGCGAGGCGCCUGGCGGCGGUUGCCGUGACGACGACCGCCAUGACGACGGCGGUUCCAGUGGAAGGGGCGACGACGACCACCAAGUCCAGAGCGGUGGCGGAGGCCACGGCCGUGGCUGUGGCGGCGGAAACCAGUCCCGCGGCGGUGGCGACGGAAACCGAUCGCGCGGAAGCGGCGGAAUCUUGUCUGCCGGCGUCGUACGAACCUGGGGCGGCGACGAGUCUCCAUCUGGAGGAAACGAGCCAAGGCGGAUGCAAUCGCGGGCAGGUUUCUUGCCAUUUUUACCUUAUGUUCUUUCCUUUCUUCUUCUCCGGUGAUUUCUUUCCGGUGAUUGCUCUCUUGGUAGAAUCUAGCGUGGCUGAUAACGUGUUAGAACUCAAUCUAGAUUGAGAGUAAAACUUGUGAUCUAUUGCUUGUGAGCAAAGCCCUAUUUAUACAUGAGUUUAGGACGCCUUGUAGAGGCGCCUGUUACAAAGAGAUGCCUCUUGGCAUUCGAGAAGGCGUCGUCCGUACUUACGCUUUGGACAUAAUUAACAUGUGCCUAAACUAAUGACAGUUGCUAAUGACGGUUUGCUUCAA